UGCUCGUGUAAUGGCAGCCUUUCAGAACUACAUUUAUUGAUGCCAGUACAGCAGGAGCCAUGAGGAGAUGAAUUGCUCCUUGCUCUGCCAGGGCCAUCAGGAGGCAGGAGCCGCAUGUUAACGGGGUGAGAACAGCUGCCUCAUCCUCUUCUGCAUCCUCUACGGAGGGCAGUGGGUAGUUCUGUGCCUGUCAGGGGCAGGUGUCCCCACGCAGAGCUCCCUGUCCUUGCUGCCAGCUCCAGGGGAGGCUCCUCCAGAGCUGGGAUGGGGCUGGACAGCGUCAAGUGCCCAUCUCUGAUCCGCCAGCACAGCUGCCUGCCAUCCAUCCACGCCCCAGCCCUGAGCCAUGCCGGUGCCGCCCUGCCCAGGGCUCCAUCCCUGCUGCUGGGGAUGCUCAGAGCCCUGCCCAGAGGUGCGGUGAGUUUGCUCAGUCUCAGCUCGCCCUCCUUUGGCAGUCGGGGGGAAAAGAGGAAGGAGAGGGCCCCCAACCUCCCCGCUGCCCUCCCCAGCCCCAUCUGCCUCCCUCCCUCCCACUCUUACAAAAAUGCUAAUAAAACGGAACCAACCCCAACGCGCAGCCCGGCGCCGCGCAGCCGUGGGCUUUGGGACCCUGGAGCCGGGCUGCGGCGUUGGGCGGCAGCUCCGCUUCCUGCCCAGCUCAGCUCACUGCAGCGUGACCGCUCCUCUCCUCGCCAUCCCCGGCACCCCGGGCACCCCGGGCCCGGCGGCAGCGCCAUGGGCAACGCGGCCGGGGGCAUGGAGGGGGCUGCGGCCCGAGAGAACCGAGACCCCCGGGCUCCAGGCCCCGCCGCCGCCGCCGCCGCCACCCCACCGCGGCCGCCGCCGCCCGCUCGGCAGCCCAUGCCCGCCGCGGACGAGCUGGAGGAGCGCUUCAGCCGCGUCCUGAGCUCCAUGAACCUGCCCCCGGACAAGAUGAAGCUGCUCAGCCAGUAUGACAAUGAGAAGAAGUGGGAGCUUGUCUGUGACCAGGAGCGUUUCCAGGUGAAAAACCCACCGUCUGCCUACAUCCAGAAGCUGAAGAGCUACUUGGACACGGGUGGUGUGAGCAGGAAGUUCAAGCGGCGAGUGCAGGAGUCGACACAGGUGCUCCGGGAGCUGGAGAUUUCCUUGAGAACCAACUACAUCGGCUGGGUCCAGGAGUUUCUCAACGAGGAGAACAAGGGGCUGGACGUGCUGCUGGAGUACCUUGCCUUUGCCCAGUGCUCUGUCGCGUAUGACAUGGAGAGCACUGAGAACGGCAGCCCAGGCUCCGAAAAGGGCAAGCCCCUGGAGCGGUCAGUGGAGGACUUGAGCAAAAGCAACUCCUCAUCUCCCACGCACGGCAUCUCCAAAGUGCGGCACCUCACAGUCAGCUGCUGCCUCUCGAACCAGCACAUCCACACCCUCCUCCACCACGUCCACCCCAGCGUCCCCUGCAGUGCCCCGGGCAGCGAUGGGGACAGUUGCCCCAGGUCACCUGGCAGCUCCUAUUCGCCCCGGCUCAACCCCUCACACAGCAGGAAGGCACUGAGGAAUUCCCGCAUCGUCAACCAGAAGGAUGAUGUCCAUGUCUGCAUCAUGUGUCUCCGUGCCAUCAUGAACUACCAGUCUGGCUUCAGCCUGGUGAUGAACCACCCAGCCUGUGUCAACGAGAUCACCCUGAGCCUCAACAACAGGAAUGCCAGGACCAAGGCGCUCGUGCUGGAGCUGCUGGCCGCCGUCUGCCUGGUCCGAGGUGGCCAUGACAUUAUCCUCGCCGCCUUUGACAACUUCAAGGAGGUCUGCGGUGAGAAGAACCGCUUCGAGAAGCUGAUGGAGUAUUUCCGAAAUGAGGACAGCAACAUCGAUUUCAUGGUUGCCUGCAUGCAGUUCAUCAACAUCGUGGUGCACUCAGUGGAGAACAUGAACUUCCGCGUCUUCCUGCAGUACGAGUUCACCCACCUGGGGCUCGACCAGUACCUGGAGAGCCUGCGUCUCACCGAGAGCGACAAGCUGCAGGUGCAGAUCCAAGCCUACCUGGACAACGUCUUUGACGUGGGGGCCAUGCUGGAGGACUCAGAGACCAAAACGGCCGUGCUGGAGCACAUGGAAGAGUUGGAGGAGCACGUCAGCCAGCUGACAGAGAAGCUGCAGGAUGCGGAGAACGACUCCAUGGCCAAGAUAGCGGAGCUGGAGAAGCAGCUGAGCCAGGCGCGGCGGGAGCUGGAGGCGCUGCGGGAGCAGCUCAGCCCGCCGCGGCCGCCCAGCCCGCCGGCCCCGCAGCCACAGGAGUGCUACCGGCUGGCGCUGGAGCGGCGGCUGGCAGAGCUGGAGGAGAAGGGGUUAGUGCAGAUCCUGCGUGGGCCCGAUGGAGACGUCGCCAUCGAAAUCGUCCCCGUCGUCAUAGAAACUACAGCAGCCCCCGUAGUUACCGGAGAGGCCACCGCCACCAGCACAGAUACUCCGGCUCCAGCUCCAUCUCCUGCUCCAGUACCCACUCCCCCACCGCUUGGUGGGCAGCCCCACCCUGGGCCAGGUGCCCCCCCCAUUGCCAGCGGUUCAGUGAAGGUGAAGAAGCCGAUCCAGACCAAGUUCCGCAUGCCUGUCUUCAACUGGGUUGCACUGAAGCCGAGCCAGAUCGACGGCACUGUUUUCACCGAGCUCAACGAUGAGAAAGUGCUGCAGGAGCUGGACAUGAGUGACUUUGAGGAGCAGUUUAAGACCAAAGCACAAGGCCCCGGCCUGGACAUCAGCGCCCUCAAGGUGAAGGCCACACAGAAAGCCCCCAGCAAGGUGACGCUCAUGGAGUCCAACAGGGCCAAGAACCUGGCCAUCACGCUCCGCAAGGGCGGCCGCAGCAUCCAGGACAUCUGUGCGGCCAUUGAGACAUACGACCAGCAAGCGCUGAGCCUCGACUUUCUGGAGCUGCUGCUGCGCUUCCUGCCCACCGAGUACGAGCGCACGCUCAUCGGGAAGUUCGAGCGGGAGCAGCAGCCUCCGGAGGAGCUCUCGGAGGAGGACCAGUUCAUGAUCCGCUUCAGCAAGAUCCCGCGCCUGGCCGAGCGCAUGAACGUCAUGAUCUUCCUGGGCAACUUCAAUGACACGGCCCAGCUGCUCAUGCCGCAACUCAAUGCCAUCAUCGCCGCCUCCAUGUCCCUCAAGUCCUCCAGCAAGCUGCGCAACAUCCUCGAGAUCGUCCUGGCCUUUGGGAACUACAUGAACAGCAGCAAGCGCGGCGCAGCCUAUGGCUUCCGGCUGCAGAGCCUCGACGCGCUGCUGGAGAUGAAGUCAACAGACCGUAAGCAGACACUGCUGCAUUACCUGGUGCGGGUGAUCACAGAGAAGUACCCUGAGCUGACCGGCUUCCACACCGAGCUGCAUUUCCUUGACAAGGCAGGCACAGUCUCCCUGGACGGCGUGUUGCAGGACGUGCGGAGCCUGCAGCAGGGCAUGGAGCUCACCCGCAAGGAGUUCAUGCGGCAGGACGACAGCCUUGUACUCAAGGAGUUCCUCAAGACCAACACAGAGCUGAUGGAGAAGCUGCAGGCCGACAGCAAAACUGCCAAGGAGGCCUACGAGUCGGCCGUGGAGUACUUCGGGGAGAACCCCAAGACCAGUCCCCCUACUACUUUCUUCCCCAUGUUCAUGCGUUUCAUCAGAGCCUACAAGAAAGCGGAGCAGGACAUCGAGCUGUGGAAGAAACAAGAGGCUGCGGCCAAGGAGGCAGAGUCCGGCCCCCCCGGCAGUGAGGAGCAGCUCGACCUGAAGUCACCCUUCCAGAAAGCCAAGCGGCAGCAGAUGGACAUGAUUGCUGAGCUGAAGAAGAAGCAGAUGGUGAAGGAGCCACUCAUUUAUGAAGGCAAAGACGGGGCCAUCGAGGACAUUAUUUCAGAUCUGCGGAACAACCCGUACCGGCGCGCAGACAAGAGCCGCGGCAGCGCCAAGAAGCGGGCGGCGGGGCAGAGCCUGCAGGCGACGCCGGACAUGUCGCUGUGAGGGGCCGGGGCCCGGGAUGGCGCGGGGUGGGGAGCGGUGCCCACUGUCAGCGCCAGCCGCCCCACCGCCCCGCACGGCCUCGGGUUGGCCGCGGGGCCGCCCCGGCGCUUGCUUAGUGACGCUGCUGAGCUCUUGUCCCGGCGGGCAGGGUGGGGAGCACCGGCAACACCCUCGGGGGCGGCCCUGCCCCUGCCCCUGCCCCUGCCCAGAGCCGCUCCGUCGCGCUCCCGGCCGCGGGGGCGGCCCCGCACCCCGCCGUGCCCCUUCAGCUUGCUGGUGCCUUCGACCUCCCGCUGCUGGAGAGGAGGAGGCUGGCAGCCGGGGCCGCGGCGCUGCUGGUGCCCCUCCUGUCCCCGCGGAGCCCUUUGACACCGCGUUCUCCUCUGCUACGGAGCUGGGUGGGCACGGGCUGCGCCUUCCCCUCCAGCACGGAGCUGCUGCAAACAUCCCACCCUGGGCACGAGCCCCAGGAGCUGGCGGGGUGCUAUUUUACACUCACUUUCUACGUCUUCCUUAACGUCUCCGUGCUCAGGGAGCAGGGCCCGGAGCUCCCGUGGGUUCUCGCCGGCUGAGCGGCACCGGCCCGCGCCAGCCAGCCCUGCUGCUGCUGCUGCUCAGAGCUGUGCCCCGUGCCGGUCCCGUCCCCACCAUUCCCGCUGUCACCGCCGCCCCGUGGCUGCCCCCCGCGUCCUCGCUCCCCCCGGGAAAGGCGCGGGGCCGCGCGGCUCCCCGCUGUAACUACGCCGCUCAGCGCCACGCACCGCUCCAAGGGAGGGAUGGGAAAAGAAUGUGUAACUUAUAAAUGCCUUGAAGCCAGAAAUGUAAAACAUUAACUGCUAAUUUGUAUACAUUAUUAUUUUUAUAUACCGAGGGCCUGUUAAAGCAGAACUGGUAAUAAACCGACCCCGAGGGCGAAGCGGUGCCUGCGGGCCGGGGCGAGCUGCGUGCCGGGCGUCGUGCCGUGCUCCGCCAGCCGCAGCGCCCUCUCCUUUGCUCUCUGGGACAACACAUCAAUGACAA